GCAUGUAAAGGCUACCGUUGAGUAGCCACACAGAUGCAGUUACGAUUAGAAUUUGUUUAACAUGGCCCAUUUCAUUUCUUGGAUAUAAUAAAAAGGAUAUACAUAUAAAACCAACGGAUAUAGUAGAAUGGCUUAUUUUUAUGUUUAAACGGAAAUGUGUGUUAAAUGCUGACACAGAAUUAGGAAUUGAUUCACUAUGAUAAUAAGGUGAAGACAUCUCUGCCAGCAGUUGUCCUUUUUUUCCGUGGUACAAUAUUAAGGUGUAACUGGUAUGACGAUCAGUAGUUACAUAUCGAUUCUCUCAUUCACCAUUGACCAAGUUCGGGAUUACGUAUACUCAGCGUGUUAUUAUGUGAGUUACAAGAGCUCUCCUAAAUAUCGUUUUGUGGAGUAUGGAACAUAUUCUUCAUACAUCUGGAAACUCAACAAGCUUUAAAUUACACAAUUUAGUUUCACAGCACUGGAUGACAUAUGAGGAGGUUUCUGAAGAGUUCCAUCUGGUGCUCGGUGUGGUGGCGACAAUUGUUGGAAUUAUUUCUUUAACUUCUAAUGGCUUUAUACUCAGGAUGUUUUACAGAUACAGAAGCCUGAGAAUUUCGUCCAAUCUCCUAGUGCUCAAUCUGGCAAUCACAGACACCUUCCUCGCCCUCGGAAAUCUACCCUGGCUGGCGAUAUCCAGUUUUCGGGGAUAUUGGAUUUUUGGAUAUAUAGGUUGCCAGGUGUAUGGAUUCAUCGGAGCCAUGGCUGGGUUUAUUUCAAUCAAUACCUUGACUGUAAUCGCCAUUGAGAGAUUUUUCGUAAUUGUGAUUCGUAUGCCGUGGAAACAAGUGAAGACUUCCAGCAAAACUGUCUGUGUAGCUAUAUUAUUUAUUUGGAUAUACUCUUUCAUGUGGGCCAUUUGUCCAUUAAUCGGAUGGGGAUCUUUCAUCCUAGAGGGCUCCUUGACAUCAUGUACAUUUGACUUCUUUUCUCGCGAUGUGAAUAACAAAUCAUACGUCGUUUCUAUUCUGGUUUUCUGUUUUUCAAUUCAGCUAUUCCUUAUUGUUUGCUCAUAUGUCAGAAUUUUCCUUAAAGUUUUACAGCACGAAAAGGAAAUAGUCAGCUGGUGUAGCAAUGGAAAUGAAUCGUUAUCAUUCCAUAAUCGGAGAAUCAAGAAGUUUCAAAACGUUCAUAUGAAAACAGCUAAAGUCUCUCUCGUCAUCAUUUCCAUUUUCUGUAUAUCGUGGAUACCUUAUGCCAUCAUUGCCACCAUUGGAAACUUUGGUGAUGCCAGUGUCAUCACUCCGUUAGUUUCUACAGUUCCGGGUAUAUUCGCCAAAGUCUCCACAGUUCUUAAUCCUAUGAUAUACGCCUUACUUCAUCCCAAAUUUAGGAGCAAACUCCCAUUCCAUAAGCAGAAAAUCCGAAAGAUCAAAAAUGAUUUUAAGGAUUUAAUGAAAUUAGACAAUGAAAUGCAAACGUCCUCUGUUCCUUCGGUUCGAUCUGACACAUUUUAUCGAAAAGAAUUCCAAAGAGAAACGGUUGUGUAACUCAAUACUCAAUUUUCCUUUUGAUAUUUGUAAAUUUUAUUCACGACUCUUGAAAGAUUAUUAUAAUUUUAUCCUGUCUGAAAAAACUGCAAUGUUUCAUGUUUAUU